UUGUAGCUAUAAUUCUACCCUUUCACCUAACUUCAUUCCUCCCCACCCUUAAUAAAAACCCUCCUAUCUGCUUCCUACACACAUCAAACACUCUUUCAUUACCAAUUUUCCCAAGCAAAAGAAAAAAAAAAAAAAAAACACAAGGAAAGAUGAUCAAGAAGUCUCUCUUCUCCCUCACCCUUCUACUUGUUUUCUUCCUCUUCCAUUCCACCACAACUUCAGCACAGCCUGCUCAGGCCCCGGCACCACCCGGACCGACCAACGUCACCAAAAUCCUCGAAAAGGCCGGCCAAUUUACCAUCUUAAUCCGCCUCCUAAAGAGUACCAAAGUGGCUGACCAAAUCAACCAACAGCUCAACGAUUCAAACAAUGGCUUAACCUUAUUUGCUCCAACCGACAAUGCAUUUUCGAGCCUCAAAUCAGGCACUCUUAAUGCUCUCACCGACCAACAAAAGGUCCAGCUUAUUCAGUUUCACAUAUUACCCAACUUUCUCUCCUUGUCCAACUUCCAAACUGUUAGUAAUCCGGUGCGGACACAGGCCGGAGAUACCGGCCCCGGCGAGUUCCCGCUCAAUGUGACCACUUCUGGCAACCAAGUCAACGUCUCGAGUGGCCUUGUCAACACCACAGUGGGCGGUUCAGUGUAUUCGGACAACCAGCUUGCUGUUUACCAAGUGGACUCGGUGCUUCUUCCUCAGGACAUUUUCGCUCCGAAGCCGCCGGCGCCCGCCCCAGCACCGGCCCAGCCCAAGUCCAAGACUAAGAAGAAGACAGCCGACAGCCCUGCUGCUGAUGCAACAGAUAACGAAUCUGGUGCAUUGAGUCUGACGGCCAGGCAUGGAACGCUGGUGUCCAUUGGAUUUGCCGUGAUUGCAGCACUUUGCUUGUGACAGAAGGAACUUGAUGAUACAUGCACCAGCUGGAUAUAUACCUUGGUGAUCGAGGUCAAAUAUGUUGUCUAGUCCUGUAUGAUUUUGCUGAGUUGGAUUGAACGGUCGUGAUCAACUCCGAGUGCUUUCAAAUAAUUGCCAUCUUUCCCUGUCCCAUAGGUAUCGUGCUAGUUUGUGAUGAGAGUCAUUGUUGUUACUGAUUUUUUUUUUUUUUGUUAUUUUUCACUUCCAUCUUCUAUAUAUGUCUUGAGAAUUUUUGUAUAAUUUUUCAAUAGAAGUUGUGCCACUGGGCUUGAGCAUUCAA